AUGGGGGAGUGGGCGUUCCUGGGCUCGCUGCUGGACGCCGUGCAGCUGCAGUCGCCGCUGGUGGGCCGCCUGUGGCUGGUGGUCAUGCUGAUUUUCCGCAUCCUGGUGCUGGCCUCCGUGGGCGGCGCGGUGUUCGAGGACGAGCAGGAGGAGUUCGUGUGCAACACGCUGCAGCCGGGCUGCCGCCAGACCUGCUACGACCGCGCCUUCCCCAUCUCACACUACCGCUUCUGGCUCUUCCACAUCCUGCUGCUCUCGGCGCCGUCGGUGCUCUUCGUCAUCUACUCCAUGCACCAGGCCAGCAAGGACGCGGCCCGCGCCCCGCGCGCCGGCCGCACGCGCUGCUGCUACCUGGCCAGCGUGGUCGGGCGCCUGCUGCUCGAGGCGGCCUUCCUGGCCUGCCAGUGGCGCCUCUACGGCUUCCGCGUGGCCCCGCACUUCGCGUGCAGCGGCCCGCCGUGCCCGCACACCGUGGACUGCUUCGUGAGCCGGCCCACCGAGAAGACCGUCUUCGUGGUCUUCUACUUCGUCGUGGGGCUGCUCUCGGCGGUGCUCAGCGUGGCCGAGCUCAGCCACCUGCUCUGGAAGGGCCGCCCGCGCCAAACGGCCGAGCGCGACAACGGCUGCAACGCGGCGCGCGAGGAGGCCCAGAAGCUGCUGCUCCCCCCGCCGCCGCCGCCGCCGCCCCCGCCGCCAGCCCUGCCCGCCAGGCGGCCCGGGCCCGACCCCUACGCCCCGCCCGCCUAUGCGCACCGCGCCCCGGCCGGGGACAGCGAGGGUGGCAGCGGCCGCAGCGCUGUGUCGCUGGCCUCGGCCCGCCAGGGCCUGGCCAUCUAG